AUGGCGUCCAAGCCGAAGAAGCCUUCUCUUACUCCAGGCGUUUUGAUACAGCAACCGAACGGUGGCCUGCCUCGGUGGGAUGAAGCUCAGAUUCAGCAGGAAAAUUGGGGCGGCAGCCUCGGCCUGCCGGUGCGAAAGUCAGGCGCCGUGGUGGAGCUCCGCAGCACGGAAGGAAAAAUUGUCGUGACACCCGAUGAGGCACAGUACAGCACGUUCAGGGAAUGUAUCGUAUCCUUCGUCAGCAGCACCAAGGGCUGCACUUCGACAGAUCUCGCCGUGGAGUGGAAGCGCCCAGUGAAUAUUUUUGCUCCAUUCCNCUUCGUCAGCAGCACCAAGGGCUGCACUUCGACAGAUCUCGCCGUGGAGUGGAAGCGCCCAGUGAAUAUUUUUGCUCCAUUCCGCCCAAUGGUGCACCGAAACAUGUCACCCUUCCUUUCGCCGUACAGCAAGGGCGAUGAGCGGACACUCUUCGACGCCAGGGCAGAGGAGGAGGCGGUGAAGUCUGUCGCAGUACCAAGUGGAAAGAAGGGUGAUACCAAAGCGGUAGCCCCUCCUCUUCCACUGCACGUGCAGUUCCCAGAGAUUGUGCGUGUGUUGGAGCCGCAGGCACUUGAGGGUGCGUCGAGUAAGUGGGAAGGUCUUGGGGAUGAACGGGUGGUGGAGCAGUAUCGAGAGCUGCAAUCACUCAUGCAGGCCUACGACCCUAAACUAGAGCUUGGCUGCGCGGAAACACCUGUGGAAGCGUGCGAGUCGGGGUACAGUACUGCGCUGCGACAUAGGCUCAAUGAGGUAGAUGAGAUGUCGAAGAUGUCAGAGCCGCCACCAUUUGUCAUGGAUGCCUUCAACAGUGCCAUCAAGUUCAUUGAGUACGCUCAGACCUCCAUAAAGAAUGGUGAAUAUCUGUGGGAGUUAGUGUAUCCGCACGCUCCUGGUACUUGUCAUCCCGUGUACAACCCAUACGGGAAGUACGCUGUACGUCUCUUUAUUGACGGGGCUUUCCGCAGAGUCACCAUUGAUGAUUACUUGCCUGUGGACGCGCUGGGACGGCCAUUUCUUACCAUUACAUCACAAAAAGAGAUUUGGCCAGCGCUUCUGGCCAAAGCAAUUUUUGUGGCGUUGGGCCCAAGUCGUCAAGCUCUCUUCAGUGACCCUGAAACAAUCAUCUCGUGUCUGCGGGGUGAGUGGAUUCCUCAGCAUGUCGACCCACGACUACACCCCGCUACGGCAUGUGCUCUCCUGCUCGCGUACCGCAAGGAUUUACCGAACAGUGACACCCAUACGACGCACUUCUCAGCAUCCACCGCGGAGGACACGGCAUCUGCUGAAGUUCCAGAAGCACAUCUAUCACUAAAUCAGCAAGGCAGUGAUGAUGCCAAUGGGGAGGUGAAGGCUGGGGACACUACAUCAGGUUGCAGUCAAGAAAUUCCCCAGAUUGAAGAGGGCGUGCAAAAUGUUUCACCACCUCCCGUUAUUUGCGCUGUAUCUGCCAUGACAGCCGGCCGACGGAAACUGUUCGUCAUACAAGAAAUUGUCUUUUUUCGCAGCACACUGGCGCUGCGUAUCUCGACAAACCCUCCAAACACUAUCAUCAUGUCAAAGGAGCUGACGCCUCAGAGUGAGGACGAGGCUGUGAGGGAAUUACUUCGCUUUUCUCAUCACGCUGAGAUGGAACGGGCAUGCCAUGGGUCUGUACCAUCGCAGCCGUCGUUGUGGGUUACUUUUGAAGAGUUGUCAGCGCAUCUGGACCUUGUGGUAUGGCGAUCACUGGGGAGUGGAAGCCCUUUCCGGUUUUGCAACCGGCUGGUUGGGGCAGAUGAUGGAUCCUCCACGUUUGCGGGUCCACGGAAGAAGGCCAUGGCCUCGGCGACGAGCGCGGCACCGAUUAGUUCAGUGAAACGAAAUACUGUGCGUUGGAUUCAUAUGACCUCCGACAAGGCAGAACAGCUUGCCCUUGUGAGCUUUCCAGCUCCUUCACACCCUGUGGCUGGAGUGACUACAACACGAAGCCGCCCACCGUCCGUGCUAUCAGCGAGUCGGCCACUCUCCGGUAAAUCGGCAAGUCCGUCAAUAGACAGCAGACUGCUGCGCGAGGAAAUAAAGGAGGUUCGCCUCGAUUUGUAUACAUGGAAUCGUGGUGACGUGUUUAGUCGUGCCUCCACCUUCAUGUACGAAAAUGGCAAGCAGCAGUGCAUGGUGCACACGUUGCCCAGUGGUUCGCAUAUCUUUCGCUUGACAGCUGUGGGCCUUGAGCCGCAGCAAGCACUCAUUCUGUUCGCAACACAAGAAUUUGUCAUGGGUGACGAGAAGGACAUAUUACGAUCUGCGAAUAUCUUCAAAAUGAGCGAUGCAGGAAUUUACCCCGAGUUAGAGCGACCAAAUGAUGAAGUGGUAUGGUUCAAGCGACGUAUUACAGUGAAAGAGCCAACAGAAAUCUCGUUUGUUGUAUCUACGCGUGAUCCUAGCGAGGAUCCUGCCGCUCACCGAGACAUUCCUGCCAUACUUCAAAAGGAAACUAAAGGGACAAAAACACGCGCCUUUAAUACAAAGGCACCUCAGAAGGAAGUCAUGGAGGAGGUACCACAACGGGUUUACGACAUCCCAGCCAUACCUUACUGUCGAGUCUUACUUUUAGACCUUGACACAGGCGUUAUUCGCACUGGGGCCGUGGGCCGCCUCGUGCGCCAGCGACUGGAACCCAAUCACCAGGGUUUUCUUGUGAUGGCGUACGCCUUCAUAGAUGCGGCGACAGCGGAAAUACUGAUGAAGACUGCUACGGUCACAAUGCUGGAGGGCGCAGCGCGGCCGGGUGACAGCCUUUCGUCCUCUAACCAGGAGGACAAGGACAACCCAGCAGCACAUGAGAAGCCUCCGCUGCUCUGUGGCAAAGGUCUCUGGAAGCUCACGAUAGCAGCAGACCGACCACUAGACUCAUACAAGUCAAUCCCACACAGCGUUUUUUCCUUUGCAGAAAAGGGACAGUUAAAGCGAGGCAGCCAGGCCCUGCUAUUUGCCUACUCCUGCACAGUAGUAGAGCAGACAGCUUUCACCCUAUUGCUUGACCUUGAUGCACGUGACCCCAUCCCAUUCUAUGUUAGAGUGAUGCGCAGUGGAGUGGAGGCACCACCUGUGUAUGUUUCAGAAACCUGUACUAACCACCUCUUUAUUUCGCAUGGAACGCUUGAAUCGGGUGAAAAGACGCGGAGCGCCACAUAUAUCAUUGAGGCGUGCCUGGACGAGGCUAAAGUCCAGGAGUGGGAGGAACGACGCCGAUUGGCACAGGAGUUAAAGUUCCGUGCGCUUAGAGCUAACGCCGAGCAGAAGGCGAGUGAGAAGCGCCAACAGGAACUUGAGGAGCACAGCGCUGACCCGCGUGCCUUCGCUGAACGUCUGGAGCAACAGGCGGCCACGCAGGUGGACGUAGCCGCCAUUUCUACUUCCAGAGAAGUGUCAGCAGUGUCUACAAAGAAGGGGCGUGCCAAUGGGGAGAAGCGCAAGACAGUCAGCAACAUGAAUGCGGCGGAGCGUGCAGCCCACACGUCCCCAGGUGUCAUCACAGUGCCAAACCCUGCCACGCUCUUCCUUGACACCACAGACGAGGCACUGAUUGUUGACUUUGACCUGCGCUUGAGUUUUUCUGCGAAGGUGGAUGUCAAAAGUGGUGCUCCGCCGAAGGACCCUUUGGCGUGCCUGCGCGGCGCGUGGGUUCCACCGAUCGAUCAUAUCAGUGCCGAUCAAAUGUUAUCUUCCGCUCCACGUGCUGGUGGUACAAGAGGAAAACAGAGGGAAAUGACACCGUCAGCGGAGGAGUUGCUGCUUCUGGAUCAGGGCCGUAUGAGCAGGCAGCGCUUCCUCGAAAACCCACGCGGCAUUCUGCUGCCGUACCUGAUGCCUCAUGAAGAAGAAGGCGCUGCGCCUAGCAGGGAAAUUUCCCGCGCCGGUGUUGUCAAGGACGGGAUCAUUUCUCCGAUUUUUAUGCCACGUGUGGUAACAGAUAUCGAAGACGAACCGAAUUACUUGCAUGCGCCCAUCUUAAGUGAGUCGCAGUACCGUAUUCAGCUGCUCCCACUUCGUGCUACGGAGGUAUCGCCUCCUCUGCACCAGAGUCCUCCGAGCGCUUCCUCCGGAGGUCUCCAGCAGCGCGUCAGGUCCCCGAACGAUCGUUCCUCGCCCCGGCCUGGUACGUCGUCCCCAGCAGCGUUUUUGGCUCCCGGGGUGAUUGAGGAAGACCCGGACACCGCAGAGCUGAAGGCGUCGGUACAGGAACUCACGCAUCGACUCGUAGAGGAUCUUAAACAUGAACACGAGAAACGUGCCGAAAGCCGAGAAACCAUCAAGGAAAUUGUGCGCCACUACUGGGAACCUCGACGACCCGAAACUGCGUUGAUCUCCCUUCUUGGGGCGAGAGAGGACGAAUCCAGCAAGCGACGCAAGAGCCGUCUGAAGACAGCGAGCUGA